GCGGGCAGGGGCCCGGGGGCCGGGGCCUAGAGGACAGGCGAGGCAGCGGCGGGUGCGGGGCCGGCGGUCGGGGAGGGCGGUGCCAUGGGGUCGCGGAGGGCCCCUAGUCGGGGCUGGGGCGCGGACGGGCGGUCGGGGGCGGGGGUCGACGGUGAGGACGACGGCCCCGUGUGGAUCCCCAGCCCAGCCAGCCGGAGCUACCUGCUCAGCGUGCGGCCCGAGACCAGCUUAUCAAGCAACCGGUUGUCUCACCCCAGCUCUGGAAGGAGCACCUUCUGCUCCAUCAUUGCUCAGCUCACAGAGGAGACCCAGCCACUAUUUGAGACCACGCUCAAGUCCCGGUCUGUGUCCGAGGACAGCGACGUCAGGUUCACCUGCAUCGUCACAGGAUACCCAGAGCCAGAGGUGACCUGGUACAAGGAUGAUACGGAGUUGGACCGCUACUGUGGCUUGCCAAAAUAUGAGAUCACUCAUCAGGGCAACCGCCACACACUGCAGCUGUACAGGUGUCGAGAAGAAGAUGCCGCCAUCUACCAGGCCUCUGCCCAGAACAGCAAGGGCAUUGUGUCCUGCUCAGGGGUCCUGGAGGUGGGCACCAUGACCGAGUACAAGAUCCACCAGCGCUGGUUCGCCAAGUUGAAGCGCAAGGCUGCAGCAAAGCUGCGCGAGAUCGAGCAGAGCUGGAAGCACGAGAAGGCGGCGCCCGGGGAGGCCGACACGCUGCGCAAGCUCAGCCCCGACCGCUUCCAGCGAAAGCGGCGAUUGAGCGGGGCUGAAGCGCCAGGCCCCUCGGUCCCUACCAGGGAGCCUGAGGGUGGGACCCUGGCGGCUUGGCAGGAGGGAGAGACUGAGCCUGCUCAGCACUCAGGUUUGGGCCUGAUCAACAGUUUUGCUUCUGGAGAAGUGACCACCAACGGGGAGGCUGCCCCCGAGAAUGGGGAGGACGGAGAGCAUGGCUUGCUGACAUACAUCUGUGACGCCAUGGAGCUGGGGCCUCAGAGAACCCUCAAAGAGGAGAGUGGGGCCAAGAAGAAAAAGAAAGAUGAGGAAUCCAAGCAAGGCCUGCGGAAGCCAGAGUUAGAGAAGGCAGCCCGAAGCCGCCGUUCUUCAGAAAACUGCAUCACCAGCUCGGACGAGCCUGACUCCUGUGGGACUCAGGGACCCGUGGGCGUGGAGCAGGUUCAGACCCAGUCUAGAGGCAGGGCUGCACGGGGGCCUGGGUCCUCUGGCACAGAUAAUACCAGGAAGCCAGCCUCUGCUGUGGGCACUCCAGACAAGGCCCAGAAGGCCCCUGCCCCGGCGCUGGCCCCUGGCCCAGGCCCAGGCCCAGGCCAGGAAGUGUAUUUCUCCUUGAAGGACAUGUACCUGGAGAACACCCGGGCAGUCAGGCCUCUGGGGGAAGAGGGCCCCCAGACCCUGAGUGUCCGGGCGCCUGGAGAGAGUCCCAAGGGGAAGGCACCCCUCAGGGCUAGAAGCGAGGGGGUGCCUGGCACUCCCGGCCAGCCCACACACUCCUUGACCCCCCAGCCAACUAGGCCUUUCAACAGAAAGAGAUUUGCCCCUCCAAAGCCCAAAGGAGAGGCCACCACUGACAGCAAGCCCAUUUCUUCUCUGAGUCAAGCUCCAGAAUGCGGGGCCCAGAGCUCAGGAAAGUCCCCACCUCAGGCCUCUGUGCAGGUGCCGACACCCCCUGCCCGGCGGAGACAUGGCACCCGGGACAGCCCGUUGCAGGGGCAAGCAGGCCACAGGACUCCAGGAGAGGUCCUGGAGUGCCAGACAACCACGGCUCCUACCAAGUCGGCCAGCAGCAGCUCUGAUGUAGCCUCCAUUGGUUGUAGCACCUCCGGAAGUCAAGAUAUCAUUGAACCCAUGGAUAUGGAAACCCAGGAGGAUGGGAGAACGUCUGCUAACCAGAGAACUGGAAGCAAGAAGAAUGUGCAGGCAGAUGGGAAGACACAAGUGGAUGGAAGGACCAGGGGAGAUGGAACACAGACAGCCCAGAGGACAGGGGCAGAUAGGAAGACGCAGGCAGAUGCUGGGACACAAGAAAGCGAGAGGCCACAGUCAGACAGGAGUGCACAGAAGGGCAUGAUGACACAGGGAAGGGCAGAGACACAGCUAGAAACAACACAGGCAGGUGAGAAGAUACAGGAAGACAGGAAGGCCCAGGCAGAUAAGGGCACACAGGAAGACAGAAGGAUGCAGGGAGAGAAGGGGAUGCAGUCAGAGGGGUGCGCACCCACAGCCACGGAAGGUCAGUCAGAGCAGGAGGCGGCAACCAGCCUCGGCCCACCAUCCAGAACCCCCGAACUCCCACCUACUGUGGGUCCUAGAGCUCCUCCGAAUAUUGAAUGUUUUACACAGACCCCAGAAGGGUCUUGUUCCCCAGAAAAACCUGGUUUCCUGCCCAGAUCUGAGGAGGCAGUAGUAACAGCCUCCAGGAACAAUGAGCAAACUGUGCUGGGUCCCCUGUCAGGGAACCUCAUGCUCCCAGCACAGCCGCCCCAUGAGGGGAGUGUGGAGCAGGUGGGAGGAAAGAGAUGCCAAGGGCCACAGUCGUCAGGCCCAGUCGAGGCCAAGCAGGAGGACAGCCCGUUUCAGUGUCCCAAGGAGGAGCAGCCAGGGGGAGUGCCGUGUAUGGAUCACGGUGGCUGUCCUCCAGCUGGCUUGAGCCAGGAGGUACCCACGAUGCCUUAUCUUCCUGGAACUGGGCUGACUGCUAGCCCAAAGGAGGGGUCAAGUAGCACCCCGACUUCUCAGCACGGGAGCACAGCUGCCUUCCUUCCCUCUGAGGAUCAGGCCCUGAUGAGUUCUGCCCCAACACUGCACCUGGGGCUGGGGACCCCCACUCAGAGUCACCCACCAGAAACCAUGGCCACCAGCAGUGAGGGGGCCUGCGCCCAGGUACCAGAUGUGGAGGGGCGGACCCCAGGUCCCCGGAGCUGUGACCCUGGCCUCAUAGAUUCCCUGAAGAACUACCUGCUUCUGCUGCUGAAGCUGUCCAGCACAGAGACAAGUGGAGCAGGGGGAGAGUCCCAGGUGGGGGCAGCCACCGGAUGUCUGGUGCCCUCAGCCACUCUGACACCCACUGUGGAAGUGGCUGGGCUUAGUCCCCGGACAUCAAGGCGCAUCCUGGAGCGUGUGGAGAACAACCACCUGGUGCAGAGUGCACAGACCCUGCUGCUGAGCCCCUGUACCUCCCGCCGCCUCACCGGCCUCCUGGACCGCGAGGUGCAGGCUGGCCGCCAGGCCCUUGCUGCUGCCCGAGGCUCCUGGGGUUCUGGUGCCAGCUCUCUCACUGUCCCUGCCAUUGUGGUAGAUGAGGAGGGUCCUGGGCUGGCCUCAGAAGGAGCCAGUGAGGGUGAGGGAGAGGUUUCCCUUGAGGGGCCUGGCCUCCUGGGGGCCACUCAGGAGAGCAGCAUGGGUGGUCGACUGGGGGAGGCAGGUGGGCAGGCAGCCCCUGGGCAGGGACCUUCAGCAGAGAGCAUAGCCCAGGAGCCCUCUCAAGAGGAGAAGUUCCCAGGGGAGGCUCUGACAGGUCUCCCGGCAGCUACACCUGAGGAACUGGCUCUAGGGGCCCGAAGGAAGAGAUUUCUCCCUAAGGUCAGAGCAGCAGGAGACGGGGAGGCAACCACAUCUGAAGAAAGGGAGAGCCCCACAGUUUCCCCCCGGGGGCCCAGGAAAAGCCUGGUGCCUGGGUCCCCGGGGACUCCAGGGCGGGAGAGACGCUCCCCUACACAGGGCAGAAAAGCAAACAUGCUGGAGGUGCCUCGGGCAGAGGAGGAGCUGGCGGCAGGAGACCUGGGCCCCAGCCCCAAGGCUGGCGGUCUGGACACAGAGGUGGCCCUGGAUGAAGGCAAGCAGGAGGCACUGGCCAAGCCCAGGAAAGCCAAAGACCUGCUGAAAGCCCCACAGGUGAUCCGGAAGAUUCGGGUGGAGCAGUUUCCUGAUGCCUCCGGUAGCCUGAAGCUCUGGUGCCAGUUUUUCAACAUUCUUAGUGACUCAGUCUUGACAUGGGCCAAGGAUCAGCGCCCAGUGGGCGAGGUGGGCAGGAGUGCAGGGGAUGAGGGGCCGGCAGCCUUGGCCAUCGUGCAGGCCUCCCCCGUAGACUGCGGCGUGUAUCGGUGCACCAUCCACAACGAGCACGGCUCGGCCUCCACCGACUUCUGCCUCAGCCCUGAGGUGUUGUCAGGAUUCAUCGCCAGAGAAGAAGGUGAAGUUGGAGAAGAGAUUGAGAUGACCCCUAUGGUGUUUGCUAAGGGUCUGGCUGACUCUGGCUGCUGGGGGGACAAGCUCUUUGGGCGACUGGUAAGCGAGGAGCUCCGAGGGGGUGGAUAUGGGUGUGGCCUUCGGAAGGCCUCCCAGGCCAAGGUCAUCUACGGGCUGGAACCCAUCUUCGAGUCGGGCCGCACGUGCAUCAUCAAGGUGUCCAGCCUGCUUGUGUUUGGGCCCAGCAGUGAGACUUCUCUUGUGGGCAGAAACUACGACGUCACCAUCCAGGGGUGCAAGAUCCAGAACAUGAGUCGGGAGUACUGCAAAAUCUUCGCAGCAGAAGCCCGGGCCGCGCCUGGCUUUGGGGAGGUGCCUGAGAUCAUCCCACUGUAUCUGAUCUACCGGCCUGCAAACAAUAUCCCAUAUGCUACCCUGGAGGAAGACCUGGGCAAGCCCCUGGAGUCUUACUGUUCUCGGGAAUGGGGCUGUGCUGGGGCUCCGACAGCAUCUAGCAGCUCUGAGGCCAUGCAGAAAUGCCAGACCUUCCAGCACUGGCUGUAUCAGUGGACAAAUGGCAGCUUCCUUGUCACAGAUUUGGCAGCUCUCUGCAGGCCUACUGUCUUUAAGCACAACUGGACAGGGGAGAGGAACAGAGAAAAUGCUCAGGGGACGGCAAGGUUGCUGGGAAUAUCACGCAUUAUUAAAUCUUGUCUCUGCGGGGUUGAUUGGAAGAUGACUGAUGUGCAGAUUGCUACCAAACUUCGAGGAUACCAGGGCCUCAAGGAAAGCUGCUUCCCUGCCCUGCUGGACCUGUUCGCCUCCUCCCACCAGUGCAACGCCUACUGUGAGCUGCUGGGGCUAACACCCCUCAAGGGCCCUGAGGCGGCCCACCCCCAAGCCAAAGCCAAAGGCUCUAAGAGUCCAUCUGCUGGCAGGAAAGGCUCCCAACUGAGUCCUCAGCCCCAGAAGAAAGGCCUCCCUAGUCCUCAGGGCACCCGGAAAAGUGCUCCAAGUUCCAAGGCCACCCCUCAGGCCUCAGAGCCAGUCGCCGCUCAGUUGUUGGGACAGCCUCCCACCCAAGAGGAGGGCUCCAAGGCCCAGGGCAUGCGGUAGCCUCAACGGGAGGCUGGGGGCCUCCACCCAGCAGCAGACCAACCAGGAAGCAGCUUGAACCAGAUGGAGACUUUCCAAAUAUGGAACUAACUGGAGAAGGUGCACGAAGGAGACACCACUUGGGGACCUCUCUGAGCAGGCUCUCCUGAAUCAGCUUGUCAUCAGAUGGCUUUGGUGCAUGGCACAUAGCCCACUGGCCUCUUCUGGUGCCACUGUCACCCAGGGCUCCCAGGCCUCAAGCAGGCCCCACCUCCGAGUGCCUGGCAGCCUAGGCCCUCCUUGAAGUUUACACUUUGUCACUGCUGGAGGCUCCCCUGAGUCCUCUGCAUGAGUUCUGCACCCCAAGCUCUUGCCCCAGCCCAGUCCAGCAGCAGAUGUUAUAAUCUGAGUGAGGACAUGCAGGCCAGCAUUUCCCCGCCUGCAUUUGCCUGGCCCUGAUCUUGCCUGUCCUCAGGGAUCCAGACUUCCUCUGCUGGUCUGGCCUGGUGACUCUCAGGGUAUCUUCUCCUUCCAGCUGCUUUGGCUCACUGAUCUCAGCUUAUCCUGCGACUAACCGUCCUUGAGCCCAGGCGAGGCUCAGGGCCCUUCCAGAGCCUGUCAUGUCCUUGUGCAGUGGCCUUUGAUGUGUGUUCAUGCUCUUCCCCCUUCACUCACUCACCUGCUUCCCAUGCUCCCUUGUACCCUCUCGCCACAUCCCUGUCUUGGGGCCCAGCUGCAGCCCUGCCUGCCCUUCAUGGCUCUGCGCACGGCCCUUUGCUUGAGGGCUCCCCACUCCCUGCCCACCAAUACCCAGGUGACGAACAGACCCUCUGGCCUCUCACCCCACUUCAGUGCUCCCUUCCCCAACUUCUCUCGGGCUCUUUGCUCACAAGGUGAGAGCUGGCGUGAGGGUUGUGUCAGCAGCUGUAGCCAGAGAGAGGUGUUGACUCUGAGAGACCUUGCACUCCAUACUGAAAGGAGGUGGGGUCACAGUGAAUUUAACAUCCCCUCUCAACCAGGAGUGGAGGGCUAGGUCCCUUCCCCAUGGGGAGUACACUUGGGUGUUCUAGGAGGGAUGCAGUCUAUCCAUGCACUUGGGUGGAGGGGAGUCUCUGUGCCUGGGGAUUAGGACCCCUGCCCCUUUUGAUCAGUUGUUGGGACAGCCUCCCACCCAAGAGGAGGGCUCCAAGGCCCAGGGCAUGCGGUAGCCUCAACGGGAGGCUUAGCUUUUGAUCCUGGGGCCCCAGCUCUGGGUCCUCAUGUGUGGGCCCCCAAGGACCCAGCAGCCUGGGUCCUUCCAGCGCAUCCCUCCUGGAAGCCUGGGAUGGGGUAGGUCUGCAGCUAGCCUGCUUCCCUUGGAAUGCAAUAAAGGCAGCAUUGUGUGCCCUGCUUGCCCUCAUCUGGUGUGGCUGGAGGUCUGUAGAGUCAGGGUCCCCCUCUCCCAGGCAGCUUCUCUGAGGGCAUUCUGUAGUCCCAGGCCCACUGGAAAAAUGAAUCUAUAUUUUGGUUCCUGGACCGAAGUUCAGUUGCAGCCUUCUGUGGCCACAGAAAGACAGCCUGUGCUUCUUGCACAACUGAGCUGCUGGUGUGUGCCCCUUAGCAGGGUGUCUGGGGACUUAUACCUUUGGAAUUGCUUUUCAUUCAGAAGAGGAACACAAAGGAAGCCACCCAGGAAGGAAGCACAGAGCUGGGGGCUCUGGAAACGCCCUGUGUCUCUGGCUACAGCAAGACCAGCCCAGGAGCCCACCAGCACCUGCCUCUCAGCUACUUGCUGACCAUUUCCUGCUUCUCAAGCUGCAGAGAAGCUUUUCAUUCCCACCCCCACCCAGAACCUCCCCUUGCCUAACAUUUCCCCUCUAUGGUAACAUCUCUGACUUCUCUACCUCCUCUGUGCUCAGGCGACUCCACAUCUUCUGCCCCAGUGUGUCCCCACCUCUCCCAGCCUGUAUAUCCAGAUUACUUUGGUGAACUGAGAGCUGGAGUACUGUUCAUUCAUUUAUUCAUUCACCCACUCAUUCAGCAGACAUAUACUGAGCGCUACUUUAUGCCAGACCCUGGGCUGGCAGCUGUUUGGAGGCAAAGAUGUAUGAGGCCAUCUCAGGAGAGACUACCUGUUAGGAUUCUUGAGUUUUGACCAACAGAAAUGAACUUGGACCAACUUAAGCAAGGAAAAAGGUUCAUGGGAAGGAUGCUGGGAUAGCUCACAGAACCAAAAGAAUAGCUGAACAAUUAAUUGGCCUUGGGAAGGGUGGGAGCUGGGGCAACUACAAGGCUUGCCUCCCAGGAGCUGCUGUGGUUGGCACAUCAACACCAACUUGCCAUUGGGUCUAGUGGGUCCCCUUCCACUCGAUUCAAAUUCCAAGUGAAAGAAUCUGGCCUGGAGCUCAGGGCUUCAUAGAGUGGGAGGAAGGCAGUUUUCCAAAGGAUGCGGACUCUUGUCGCAUGGAAUGGUGGAGUACGGAAGGGUAGAAAGGGUUUGGUAGGCAAACCCUGAAGAUGCUUCUAACACACAUGCUGUUCUUCCCAUCUCAUGUAUGAUGACUCUCCCACAGAUAACCAAAACCACAUUUCUCUCUGCUUAGGGAAUUCAGGAGCAUAUCUAACUUCGAAUUCCAGGGGUAAUGAUACAGCUUCUAUUCUCCAAAGUCCAAUGUCACUAGGGAUAAUCUCCCUCUUUCAGUUUUAUCACAAUUCCAUUUUGAAAUUCUACAACCUGUAGAUUAACUGGUAAAAUUAACCAUAUUCAACCAAAAUUAUAUAACCCAGCAAGAAAGGAAGGAUGGGUAAAUUCUACAGUCCAUUUCUAGAACUGGUCAUGAGAACUCAUGUUUAUGAUGAUGGACUUUGGACCUGGUGGAGGGACCCAAACCUUCAAUUCUGAAGCUCCUUAGUGGUCCUACCUGUGUGACAGGCAUUUACUAUUGGACUGGCAGUCCCAGGACAAACUCCAGGAAUCCCCCCAUGUCCAUCUCUACUCCUGCCCUCUUUUACGUAGCAGCAAUCAUAUUUUCCCUUGAUAGGGUUCAUCAUUCUAGAUACUCCCGUGACCUCUUUAUAAUAAACCUGAAGUGGCCUGGUGGCUGCCUCAGCUUCCAAUUCAGUUGAAUUGCUACUACGUCUUUGAGGAUGUGCUCCUUGCUGGGGGACUAAACUCUCCACACCAGCCCAGUCCCAAACCUCAAGUAUGAGAAAAGCAUUGAGAUCUAGCAAUAGCAGGGCCAUGUCCACACUGCGUCCUAUCCCUGAGGAGAAACAGCGCCAGGUAUGGUUGCCGGCUCCUAGCACAUGCUGCCUCCUGCAGGCCUGACCCAGCCUCUCGGGGUGUUGCUUCUGGUGCCAUAGUUGAAUUUUCAACAAACCAUUUCACCACACUCUCAAGCCAGCUGCUGCUGGUUUGUGGGUUCCUGACAACAUGAGUGAAUGCCUACCCAUCAACCCAUUACUCUUCUUUUAGCUGUAAAGUGAAUUCUCCGGUUGGGUGCAGUAUGUGAGGAGGUCACAUGAUGUUUAUGGCAUUUGAUAAUUCCGUGGAUAUUGAUGGCAGGAGAGGGGUGAUGGGUUAGAAAAGCAAAUCCAGAUCCAGAACAAGGGCCCAAAAGAGCCAAGACAAGUUAAUGCCCCUCUCAGAGCCACAGGUGUAGACGGGGAAGCACUGUGGACAGUGAGUGAGCUACCCACACACCCGCUGGUGUCUUCAGAGCCUUAGCCUGGAGCGACAGCGUCCCGUUGAUAAUAGAGUGCACUGGCCAUGCCAGACUUUACAGCUAGGUGGUCAGAUAAGACCACUUCACAAGGGGCAGCAUGGCCACCAAGUGUGCCAGGGCCAAGGGUUUAGGUUCCCCCAGAGCCCAGUGGUGAGCCAGAGGGGCAUUUUGCACAAAGAUAAUGGUUACUUUUCGGCCGGAGCAUCGCUUGGCUCCAAAUCCUGGGUUCCCCUAUCAUAUUUUCUUGUCAGUACUUACUGCAAGCUAUAUAUGUCUCUUUGGUAUGCCACCAAUGGAAAGACACCUCACGCACCGUUGACCUGCCGGGUCAGGUGGCCUGAGGGCAGUGUCAGCUGCAUGAAAGACUUUCCCAGCUGGAAUGCCUUUGCCUGCUCUAGGCCCACCCCAAAGCUGGCAGCCUUCUAGGUCAGUUGGAAAAUGGGUUAGAACAAGAUGCCCCAAAGUGGCAUAAAUUGCGUGGAAUUAGGCCUUGGUGGCGAGGGAUUCAACAUACAGUCAUUUGUCCUACAUUAUGAAGGAAACAUUCUGACCUCAAACAGAUCCCUCAACCCUAGAACUUUAUAGAAGGGGCAGACCUUGGCAUUUUCACAUGAUUUAUCUCCCACUCUGAUUCACAUAUGUUUGACCAAGGCACUGGGCAGCUGCCAAUUUCCCGUCCCUUCUGUAGUCCCAGAUGAAUGGAUACAGAUCUCUUUGGGGAAGGCUGCAAGGAAGGUUCACAACAUGCAUCUAAGUGUUAAAAUAAGUUUUUCCUUCAAAAAGACAUUUGACUUCCUCUCCAUUUAAGGUCUGGAAAUCAAGUGGGAGAUCUUGACUUUACCUUGGCACUUGAGACAGACCUAUUGGCCCAGAAGUCUUUAGUUAAGGUCAUUACUAGGCCAUAUUUUAAGGGAGUCUGGCCUUUGUCAUUCCUGGGACCCACAGCUUGAGGUCUGGUUUCCAUGCCCUGUCCAUUACGAUGAGCGCCCUAUUUUGUUCCUUCUGUCUAUCUCUGCUGCUGAGAUCAGGGAGCCCACGUUCACAGCAGCUCUUUCAAGCAGCCUCCCAGGCCUAGAGAGGAAAAUCAGCAGAGCCUUGUGAAUUUAUUUCUCAUGGCAAGAAGGGAGCUCAUCUUCUGGGUCCUGCCAGAGGGCAGUGAGGGGGUUGAUGGGCUGGGUGCAUGCUAGGGACCCAAUCAAGCAUUUUUAUCUUUUGAAAUCUUUGAAUUCUUGCCUUUCUUGGAUGUUUGGUCUUUUGAUAUAAUUUAGCAUGGGCCGACAUUUGGUCCAGAUUUGUAUUAUCCAAGCCCCCCUAAAAUAGUAAGAACUGUAUCUGGCGAUUUGAGCUUUUACAUAGAAUGUAGAAUCUCUGGUGAGUGAACAUAUCAAUAAAGACAACCUGAACCAAAA